AGUAAGUUAGCUUGCCAUUCGAGAGUCAACUUAUUCUACUAGCGUUAGUUGACGUUUGAUGACCACAACAAUAGCCGUUUUGUCGUUUAUUCGUUCGACAAAAGGCCAAAUGUUUUCAGACAUUGAAGAAAUUACAACACCAUGGAUUGGAGCAUUUUCAUCGAGCUAAGUAUGAUGUAACAAAAGGACAAUGAAAGCACAGUGUCUUUGGACAAUACUGCACCAGGACCCAACUUCAUUUUGUCCAGAAAAAGAAACCAUAUAGAAUCCAUCACAAGUAGAGCAGAGUUCUUCAGCAGUACCUUCAAAAAAUUCUACCUAGAAGAAGGUAUAGAACAUAGAGAGAUGUUUGCCAAGCUGAAAAAAAAGAUUGCAGAGGAGGCGGCCACAGCACCGCGCACCGGUGUUCGUAUCCCCCGCUCUGUCAGCAAGGAGUCCAUCACCUCAAUGGGAGCAGACUCUGGAGAUGACUUCGCUUCUGAUGGUAGCAGCUCCAGAGAUGACCUUUCUUCACAGAUCCUCAGAAGGAAUGAUCAGAUUCGUAAGCUGGAGGCCAAACUGUCAGACUACGCUGAGCAGCUACGACUUAUGCAGAAGACCAAGGACAAGCUUGAAAUUGCGUUAGAAAAGCAUCAGGAUUCCUCCAUGAGAAAACUUCAAGAACAGAAUGAGUCCCAUCAGGCCAGUCGAGCCAAAAUGGCAGAGGGAAUGGCUUUAGCCUUGGAAAAGAAGGACCAGGAAUGGAUGGAGAAGGUGGCCCUUGUGGAAAAGGAGAAGGCUGCCCUCUCAGCCAGGCUGGAGACAAUGAUGGAAGAGAGCAUGAAUCUGUUCCAGAGGAGAGACGAUCACGACGAGCUGAGGGGCUUCCAGCAGCAGGAGCUUGCUAAAGUGAAACAUAUGUUGUUGAGGAAGGAGGAACAGCUGAGCCAACAAGAUGGAGCACUCCAGCAGAAAGAGACUGAACUUCAGAAAGCCAAGCAAGGAAUGGCUGAAGUUGAGAGGAGUCUCCAGGUUGUGCUACAAGAACAUGAAGAAAGCUGUAGACUCAACACUGAGUUGGAAAUAGAAAGAGAGAUGCUACUUGAGGUCAGAGAGGAGGCAAACAAGAAGAUCAACGAUUUAGAGGGAAGGGACCGGGAAUUGCAGGUGGUCAUUAAGCAAGUGUCUGAAGACUUCCAGAAGUCUCAGGAAAUGGUGACAUCUUUAGAGAGGUCCCUCCAUGUCUUACAGACUGAACAUGAUGCCCUUAAACUACAACAGCAAAAGGCUGCUGUGACAGAGGAGGAGAAGGAGCGUGUGUUGGGAGACCUUCAGAAGAAGGUGAGCUCUCUGGAGAAACGUCUGCAAGAGGACUUGAGCCAGGAUGAGCACCUGCAGGAAUUCCUAAAGGAGAAGUUCACCCUAGAGCAGAGGCUCGAGGAGUCCAGGAUGGAGCUGCUAGAGGUGCGCACUAAAAACGCUGAUACAGUCAGCACUCUGGAUGCACAGUUAGCAAGAAUGGGCUGCAACGUUACUGAGCUACAGACUCUCCUACGACACAAAGAUGACUCCUCCACAGCCUACAGAGAGAGAACAAAUGCACAAAUAGCUGGUCUAGAGCAGCAAGUCCUAGAAAGCAGUGAGAGGCUGAGGAGAGCAGAGCUACUCAUGGCAGAGGAACAAGAACACAUGGUGAAACUGCAAGCAGAGUGGACUACAGACAGGGCUGUACUGGAGCAGCAGGUCUUCUCAGAGCAGCAGCAGGGCCAAGAGAAGGCAGGCAGGCUGGGGGAGCAGAUCUCUGCUUUGCAAGCCGAGAAAGAGACGCAGUUGGCCAGCUUCCAAGGCACGAUUGAUGAGCUGGAGCAGGAGAGGGCAUCCCUGCUACAAGGCAGGGACAAAGCAGAAGUUACUCUGACAAGAUGCACAGAAGAGCUGGAAUAUGCCAGGGCAGAACUGAGCAGUCGUCAGACUGUGAGUGUGGAAAUCGCCAAGGCUCUGGAGGACACAAGACGACAGAAGGAGGAGCUCCAGCUACAGGUGGGCGAGUUGACAACAUCCCUUCAGAUGACACAGCAGAAACUGGCCAACACUACUGAGCAGUUAACCCAGAGGGAGGAAGAUGUAAAAGCACUAAGCCAUGAGCUCCAGUCUGCCCAGACGUCUCUGUCUCAGUUGGAGGAAGAGAUAGAGAGGCAACGGGCCCAGCUGAAGGAGAUGGAAACGGAUAAAGACGGACAACUAGAUAGCCUUAGGAAGGAAGUACUCAGCCAAACAGAACACCUGGACUCCUGCCAGUCACGGGUAUCUUACCUUGAGGUGGAGGUUGAGACCCUAACAGAGCAGCUGCAGACCUCAGACGUGUGUGAGCCGGAGCAGAAUGGCACCGUGACUGUGGAUGACUUGGACCACAUUCAGAAGGUCAACAGAGACCUGGAACAGCAGCUUGCUGACAGGAACAAGACCAUCAAGCAGCUGCAACAGAGACUAGCAGAACUGAAGAGGACCCUACAGAAGGAACUGAAGCUAAAGCCGGACCCAGAAGCUGAGGGAAAAGACAAGUUGUCAGAAUACCGGGGAGAUAAACAGGAGAGGCUAUAUUCUGAACCGGCCACGUCUGCAGCCCCAGUCCUAACCCCAAGCCCCCAAAACCCUCCAAACUCUAACACCACUGUCACCAACACCUCAGACCUCAACGAUUCACGAGAGAUCAACUUUGAGUAUCUCAAACAUGUUGUUCUCAAGUUCAUGUCAUCCAGAGAGGCUGAGGCGUUUCAACUGAUAAGAGCAGUCUCUGUGUUGUUGAACUUUUCACGUGAGGAAGAGGACAUGCUGAAGCAAACUCUGGAAUAUAAGAUGUCCUGGUUCGGAUCUAAGCCGUCUCCAAAGGGCAUCAUUCGGCCUUCAAUCUCAGCAGCACCGGCUCACUGGAGCUGAUUGGGAACAUAAAGAGCCAACGUAUUGGAGAGGAAGAACAGGAUGGCACAUGUACUCGACCUUCAGUAAAAUACAUCCUCCUUCCCUGGCUCCCAUUACAGUGGCAGCCAGUGCCCUGAGGAAAACUCUACAGAAGCUUUAAAACGGUCUCAAACUCAAUUUCCUUUGUAGCUCUUUUUGGGGGGGAAAUGGGAAAAAUAUUUUUUUUUCUUUUCUUUUCUUUUUUUUUGUGGGAGGGGGGGGCUCCUAGAAAGACUCCCUUGUUGAUUUUGAAAUAUGUUCAAAAGGCAAAGAUGAAGGCAGACUUUUUAAGCCUUAAAUUGUAACCAUAUAUAGAUGGAGUGAAAUCUCCGAUGGAGUGAAACUGUGUGUUAGAUAUGGAGUAAGAAGGUGCGGGUUUUUUUCUCUCCCGAAUUUAAAAGUUUAUGUACUCAUUGAAGGUGGUACUUGUUGCCAAUGACUUGCUAUAGUCAGUGAUUGGAAGAGGGAUCAUAACUUAAUGUGGAAGAUAACAUUCAUGUUUUCUACACUUUAAGGCCUCUCUAGAUAGACAGUGCACAUGUUGAUUUUGGAAGAAUAAUGUUUUUGACAUCUGUUUAUUUACUAUUAACCUCAUAGGGCUUCUCUAUGAAACUGGGUCAUUUUAAUGACAACCUUUAAACUUUUAUGGUUCCGUGUCAGAGUUCGAACCAUACUCUGACUGCCUUGGUAUCAGCAAAACAAAGUUUAUUUUGAAGACAAGUUAGAUAAUCAUCACAAUGUUAUGUCUGUUAUGUAAAAUAGUUGAAUAUGUAAGCAAAGAUGAUUGGAGGACAUGCUCAACCUUUACCUGCCUUGUGUUGAUGUAAAUGAAAGUACAUUCCUCACAUCUAUUUAUAUACGAGAAAACUGUACAUAAGCAAUGAGAACUUUUUAAAGUCAGUAGGUGAAAAUGGUUUGAUGUGGCCAGUUGCAGUAUUUAUCAUCAUUACCUUCCCAUUAUAGUUUCUGCCUUCAGUUUGUAGCUUGAUGCCACUGCUCAUUACUAUCUUGUAACUUCUGUGUAAGCACAUUCAUGAUGUUAAGAGCUCUUCAUCCAUUGGUGAAAAGCCCAGAAAAUAUUUCUAUUGUUAGACCGCAUCGUUUGAUUCCUAAAGCAGUCUGUCUUAAAAAGGUUUUAUUUAUGUAAGCUUCUUGGGCUUUAAAUUCUAGGGUACUUAUGAUUUUAUUUAUUCUAGUAAUAUGUAGAAGAUGUGAAGCAGAAACAUGUCUGACAUUACUGUUUUCUGAGGUAGCAUUUCAAUCUUGCAGGAGGAAAAUUCUAAUUAUUCAGCUUAAGUAUGGCAAGACAGACAUAAAGAGGAUUUAGCACAUAAUUUAAUGGGACACUGUAAACAUUUUGUUACUAAUGACGGGUAAGAAAGGGCAGCAUUUAAGUUUAGUACUUGGAAGACGGGGCUAUUGAUUUCAUCUACUGUCGUGAUAAUCCAAGCAACAAUGCACUUUUUAGUUCCGUUUGAUUCUGUUGUUAAACCCUGCAACAAUACUGCACAAUCACUACAUGUUUCUUUUCUAUUUCUUUGAUUUAAAAUGGCUGCCACUACUGAUUGGACUGUUCUUAUUUACCGAUAAUAAAUCGAGGAUUUAAAUUGUGAUUUAUUGUGUA